CGGGAGGGAAAAGAAGAGAAGAGGAGGGGGCUGUGGUGAGCUGUCAUCCCCCGAGGGGGAAGGCGCUGUCUUCUCCACCCAGUGCUUUUUUUUCUUUCCCAUUUUUCUUUAUCGGUAUUCCUUGCCCCUCUGCCUCCCACCCUCCGCUCUCCCUGCACGGUACCCACUUCAUGAGUCGGGGCCCGGGUUCCGGAAGGCGGCAGCAGCUGUAGCGGCUGCGUUUGUAGCAGCCGUCGGUCGUGAGGUAUCUCAUAGCCUAGGCGGCUGCCGGUGGGACUCCUCCGCCGCCUGGCCGGCCGCCCGGAUUGAGCUUGGCUGCUGCCUCUGGGGGCCUCGGGCACUUUUCUUCCUUCCCCGCGGGACGCGAGCUGCUGAGCCGAGGAGCGGGCGUCAGCGGAAGGGCGUGCGGUCGUCGCACUCCGUAUUAUCCUUCUUUGGGGGUUCGAUACUUUUUUCAUUUUUCGGAAGGGAGGGUGAGCGACCUAGGAGGUGGGCGCCGCCCCCGCCAGUCCAGAGGUCCAGCCGCCUGUUUGGCCGAGCCGCCGUCCUCCUCCCACCCCCUGGGGCCGGCCCGGGAGCGAGCCAGGAGCCGAGAGGAUGGAGGAGAAGUACCUGCCCGAGCUGAUGGCGGAGAAGGACUCGCUGGACCCCUCCUUCACUCACGCGCUGCGGCUGGUGAACCAAGAAAUUGAAAAGUUUCAAAAAGGAGAAAGCAAGGAGGAAGAAAAGUACAUUGAUGUUGUGAUUAAUAAAAACAUGAAGUUGGGGCAGAAAGUUUUAAUUCCUGUAAAACAAUUCCCCAAGUUUAACUUCGUUGGAAAACUUUUGGGUCCACGUGGCAAUUCACUGAAGCGUUUACAGGAAGAAACUUUGACCAAAAUGUCCAUUCUUGGAAAAGGUUCCAUGAGAGACAAAACAAAGGAAGAAGAGUUAAGAAAAAGUGGAGAAGCAAAGUACUUCCACCUAAAUGAUGAUCUGCAUGUUCUCAUUGAAGUUUUUGCCCCUCCAGCAGAAGCAUAUGCUCGAAUGGGACACGCUUUGGAAGAAAUUAAAAAGUUUCUCAUUCCUGAUUAUAAUGAUGAAAUCAGGCAAGCACAGCUCCAAGAAUUGACAUACCUGAAUGGUGGUUCAGAAAAUGCCGAUGUUCCUGUUGUUCGUGGAAAACCACCAAUGAGAACAAGGGGAGUGCCAGCUCCUACAUUAUCCAGGGGAAGAGGAGGUGUUGCACCCCGACCAGCAGGUGUGCCGAGAGGUGCACCAGCUCCCAGAGGAGUCCCUCCUAGUCGGGGUCCAGUCAGCCGAGGUAGAGGACUUCUUACCCCCAGAGCACGAGGAGUUCCCCCAACAGGAUACCGGCCUCCUCCCCCACCACCAACACAAGAAACAUAUGGUGAAUAUGAGUAUGAUGAUGGAUAUGGAACUGCUUAUGAUGAGCAAAGUUAUGACUCCUAUGAUAACAGCUAUAGUACCCCAGCACAAAGUGGUGCUGAUUACUAUGAUUAUGGACAUGGACUUAGUGAAGAGACUUAUGAUUCAUAUGGACAAGAAGAGUGGACUAAUUCAAGACAUAAGACACCUUCAUCAAGGACAACAAAGGGAAUCUACAGAGACCAGCCAUACGCCAGAUACUGAUUGUACUGUCUGAUGUUGUGAAAUAUCCAAUCUCCACCAGUCCUGUAUACUGUUCAAAGUAAUUUUUUUCUAUGAACAAUCCCUUUUUAAUAAAUCAAAGCGCUUAAAAUCUGAAUGGAUGGACUGAACUUAAAUUACUUUGUUGAAACAACAAACUGGGCAGAAAGACAUGUAAAACAAGGAACUUUGUUAUUGCCAGUCUGUAUAUGAAAAAUAGGAGAUCAAAAGAAAAAAAUAACCUUUGAUUAACUAGUGUUAAACAAAAAUUAGGUUUACUAAACAUGUUAAUCCAUUCUCUUAACAUAAGCCUCACCUUUCCUUUUAAAGGUUGUCCACAGAAUUUAGUUCUUUCAACCAUAUGCUAGUUUUUUUCUCUUGCAAAGAUGUGUAAAAAGGGAAGCCAAUUACAAAUGCAAAUAAUGUGGUAUUCUUUUGUAACUCAAGUCUUGAAAUGUUCUGUAGUGUUAAGCAAAGUCUCUUCUUGCUUGAUACUAAAUAAACUUUUGAAAGAAAA